UUCAAAAUUGGGUGGCUACUGUAAAUGAUUAUUUAUCUGUUUUACUGUAUUGCAAUCCAAUUUUUUAACUAUUAUGUUGAAACAGUUUUCAAAGUUUAAUGAAAAAAUCGCAAUUAAUGUACUUUAUUUUUUGUUUAUAUUGAGGUUACGUUAAAAUUUAUGAACACGAUAAAUGAGAACUUAUUUUUACAUUAAAUAAAAGUACUACUGAAAUUUAAACAAACAUAUUAAGUUGUACAUUAAAACUUUGUUAGUAUAAAAUAUUUAAAUAAUUCAUGCUGACAUCAUUAUUUGACUACUUAUAAAUUAUUCAAAGAAGCAUGGCUCAAUCACAAAUCUAUCCAAUUCUUGACGGUAGUUUAACCGGUACAAAAAUUUCUGGAGAACAUUCAAUAUCUCCUUCUAAAGUAUUAUCACCAUUAAAAAUUGAUUACUCUUAUUUUUUAAACGAAACUACAAAAAAACGCAAACCAUCGGAACUGCGAGAAUUAUCUAAAUUAGCCGAAAAAUUACCACCGGGAAGCAUAAAAUUAGGCGUUGGUGUCCCCAAUGUACAAACAUUCCCUUUUAAAGGUUUUGAAGUCGAAUUAGCCAGCGGAGAGAACAUUAAGCUCAAUCAAAACGAAUUGGCCGCUGCGUUGCAAUAUUUACCGUCUAUAGGAUAUACUCCAUUAAUUAACAAAUUAAAAGAGAUUCAAGAACAGUAUCAUGGAGUACAAAAUUGGAAAAUUAAAAGUAUUAUGAUUACUAGCGGUGCUCAGGAAGGUUUAGCUAAAGCUGUAGACAUGUGUAUGAGGCAAGGGGAUUGUGUUAUAAUGCCAGAUCCUACAUAUACUGGAGCAAUUGAUUUGUUCAAAUUAUACGAUGCAGAAAUCUUAGGAAUUAAACAAGAUUCGCGAGGUGUCAAAGUAAAAGAUCUAGAGAAUGCUUUACUUUUACGAAAAAACGGAAAUCUCAAAAUUCCCAAAUUAAUCUACCUCAACCCAACUGCAUCGAAUCCUUGUGGAAAUACAAUAUCUACUUAUAGAAAACGAGAGAUAUAUAGAUUAGCUUGUGAGUACAAUUUCUUAAUACUUGAAGAUGAUCCAUACUACUAUUUGAAUUUCGAAAAUAAAAAUCCAAUAAGUUUUAUGUCUUUAGACACUGAGGGUCGAGUACUUAGGUUUGAUUCACUCUCAAAAAUAAUGAGCUCCGGUUUACGUAUUGGUUUUGUUACCGGUCCGUCAAAUUUACUGCGACAAAUGGAAUAUCAUAUGAGUACAUCGUCGAUGCACACAUCAUCUCUUUCACAAGUUUUAGUUUAUAAACUCUUAUCGCGAUGGGAUAAUGAAGGUUUAAUUUCACACUUCAUGCGUGUCAAAGAAUUUUAUAAACAUAAAAGAGAUUAUAUGCUACAGACAGUAAAAAAAUAUCUUAGCGAUUUAGCUGAAUGGCAAGAUCCAUGUGGCGGAAUGUUUUUAUGGCUAAAAGUUAUUGGCUUAAGUGAUACAAGACGGUUAGUUACUUCAAGAUGCUUAGAAAAAAAUGUGAUUUUCGCACCUGGCUAUGCUUUAGCUAUUGAUACAAAAAAACCAUCACCUUUCAUUCGAAUAUCAUUCUCAAUUGCAUCUCCCUCAGAAGUCGAUCUGGGUAUAUCUUUAUUAGCUGAUGCAAUACGCGAAGAACUGCAACUUAGUUAAAAUAUUUACGAUUUUAUAGGAUGAAAUUUUGUAAAAAAAAAAAACUUUUUUAGUAUUAGAUAAUGUAAUUAUUCUACUUUUAUAAUAUAGAGAUUUUUUCAUAUUUGUGAAUAUUAAAUACUGAAUUUUAUUUUAAAUUUGACAUGUGAUGUAAUAAAUGGUGUUCAAGUAUAUUUUUACCAUGAGAUUGAAAAAUCUUAUGAUAAGUAUCAUUAUGGGAGCUGUCUCCCUAUACACCAGAGUUUUUUUUUACUCUAUUACUUUAUUAAGAUGUUUUUAAGGACUAUUGAUGAGCAUAAAUGACUUUAAUCUUAUUAAACAUAUUUUAAAUAUUUAAUUUCUUUUAGAAUGGUACCUUGUUGAAUUUACCUACGUAUAAAUAAUAACUAAGGCUUAAAAUGUAAUAUUUAAAAUUUUAAGGAUUAAUCUUGUUUCCAUAUUAAUACUGAACAAUAACUUUUAAUUUGAAUUAUCAUAUAUUAAGUUUCCAAAAUAUAUAAUAAAAAUUGUUAAAAAAAGUUA